AACUCUGGAAAUGUAAGCUCCAAUGGCGAUUCCUCCGUCGUACGCAGACCUUGGCAAAUCUGCCAGAGAUAUCUUCAAUAAAGGAUAUGGUUUUGGGUUGGUGAAACUGGAUGUGAAAACAAAAUCUGCAAGCGGAGUGGAAUUCACAACAUCUGGUUCAUCGAACACAGACACUGGAAAAGUGAAUGGGAGCUUGGAGACCAAAUACAAGUGGGCUGAGUAUGGGCUGACUUUCACAGAAAAGUGGAACACAGAUAACACUCUGGGAACAGAAAUUGCAAUUGAAGAUCAGCUUGCCAAAGGCCUGAAGUUGACAUUUGAUACAACUUUCUCACCAAAUACAGGAAAGAAAAGUGGUAAAAUUAAGUCAGCUUACAAACGUGAAUGCGUAAACCUAGGUUGUGAUGUUGACUUUGAUUUUGCUGGACCUGCAAUCCACGGUUCAGCUGUCAUUGGUUAUGAAGGCUGGCUUGCUGGUUAUCAGAUGACUUUUGAUAGUGCCAAAUCAAAAUUGACAAGAAAUAAUUUCUCUGUGGGUUACAAGACUGGAGACUUCCAGCUGCACACUAAUGUCAAUGAUGGUUCUGAAUUUGGUGGGUCAAUCUACCAAAAAGUGAGUGACCAUCUUGAAACUGCUGUAAACCUGGCUUGGACAGCAGGCAGCAACAGCACUCGCUUUGGCAUUGCAGCUAAAUACAAGUUGGAUUCCACUGCUUCUAUCUCGGCAAAAGUGAACAAUUCUAGUCUAGUUGGAGUGGGUUACACCCAGACGCUGAGGCCAGGUGUGAAGCUUACACUGUCUGCCCUGAUAGAUGGAAAGAGCAUCAAUGCUGGUGGCCAUAAACUUGGUCUUGGCCUGGAAUUGGAGGCUUAAAAAGGUGAAGAAACUGCUGCAGAGAAGGGAUAUCAGAAGAAUUUGGCCUUAAAAUGUAUUUCCAAUGUGACCAGCAGGCUUUUUUUUUUCCAAGAAGGAUGACCUAGAACAAGAGCUGUAUUUGAAGUAUUUAGACAGUUACUUGUUAGCUGGUUUCUAGUUAAAUUGGUUACCCAUCUAGUUAAAAUUCUGCAUUAGUGCAGUCACUUAAACAUUAUUUAAAUGUAUUUAACUGUUUAAUGCGCUACCCACAAAUAAUGAAAUAGACAUUUAUGAAAACUGUACAAUUGUGUGCAUGUUUGUUUUUAUGUUCCUUUUAACAUUCGAUAUUGCCAUUGAAUGAAAAAUGGAUCAGUGGAUGUUUUGAAAUGAGGUCAACAAGUCUGUUGAAUCACCUGAAGUAGAAAUAUAUUUGGUAUCCCAAGACAAAUUAUGAAUAAAACAAGUACACACACAUACUUGUGCCUCAGAUAUUUUAAGAGUCAAGAUAUGAGGGUAGUGCUCAGUUAAGUUUUAAGUAAUCCAAGAAGUAGUGCUCUGUACCUUUGUGCAAUUAAGGACCCCCACCCAUGACAAUACUGAGUAUAGGUGAACAGUUGGAUUCCUCAAGCAAGUUGAAUGUGCUUUUCUGUCAGGUAAGGUUUGUCAUGACACAAUGGUUUAAUUCCCCCUGUGUUCCACAGGCAAGAUGUACUGUGUCCCUAGUUGGCCUCCUGAUGCAAAGACUGCAGAUCAAUGUAUGUGGCACACUGAGACAUAUAAAAACUGCUCCUUAAAAAACCUCACCACAAACACACCUUUGCUUAUACUUGUAUGAAGUGAGAUGUAUCUCUGCAAUUGAAUGUAACAGUGUAAUGGUUUAACAGCCUGCUUAUCCCAACUGCUGUGAGAGGUUUCUGCUUAAAAUGACUGAAAUAAAGACAAUUUUAAAUGGAGAUGGAGGAAAAUGCAUCUGAUCUUGCUUUCCCUUUAACAAAUAAAUCCUGGCAGGUAUCUGUUUUAAGUCUAGAAACAUACAGAAUAAUGGGAAAACUCAUGUUUUUCCAGGAUAGCGUUGAGAGAGAAUAGAAGUAUGAGGGAUAUUUGGUCUGUGAACCUAACAGCCCCUAGGGUCAAACGUAACUAGCUGUGAAUGCAUUUAAUGUGGAAUAUAUUAAAUACAUGUAGUUGCACUGCUUAUGUUUAAGAAUGGUGACUUACUGAGUUCAGGAGAGUGCCAGGAGCCCACUUAGAGUCUCUCAGAGCUGAGAAGUGUCUCUUGAUAAUCUCGCAGUCUGUGGUUCACAGCAGCUUCCUUCGUAGGGCAGGUGGCUAGCUUUUGAUCAGAGAGCUUUUUCUCUGGUUUGAUACUGGAUUAGACUUACUGCCCAUAAAAGUCCCAGUGAUUUGCUUGAGGCCUUGUUCCAUCCCCCACUUGCCCUCUUAGUGAAAUUCUCACGUGAAGUACUUCGUUGUGAACUGCCUGUGUUGAGGCUUUAGCUGUGAAGUAGCUGAGUGUCUUUGCAGAAGACAGAGCAGAGCUUAAGCUUCCAGCUCAGGGCAGGGUUACCAGUGUGUUUGACUAGUUUUCUUACUCGAAGUACAAAUGCUUUAUCAUGUACUGCUGUUGUCACUAAAUGCCCUCUUCUGAGGAGCAUUUCCACCUCUUAAUGGUGGAAGAAGCAUGUAAGGUGCAAUUUGUUGCUCUCAUUGCACAUUAAGGUCCAUAAUACGUAUUUUCAGUUUGAGGUGUUUUUAUGUGCUAGACCACAUAAAAGCUGGAGACCACGCAGCCAGACAUUGAAUUUUAGUACCUAUUCUCUUUUUAGUAUAACCGUGUUUGUGUACCUGUAUGCAUUGUUCAGCUGUAGCACCCAGGCAAAUAAGGGACUGCAUCUUUUGCUUAUGAAUGAUGCCUUGUUUGCAUCCUUAAACCAGCGUAGCUGCAACACUGAUGUUUCUCAGCUUUUGAUAGGACUGUAAUGGUCUGGCACUAAUUUUGUUUUUUUUUUUUUGGUAGUGGUAUUUUGUAGGUUUUGGAAUUUUUGUUUUUUGAGAAACAAGUACUCUAACCCUUUUCUUCACUACCUGUUCCUCUAGCUGUUUUUCUCCUGAGGUCACAAAAUGGAUAAGUGAAAUAAAAGCACAUAUUGCAGAGUUUCUCUUCCACUCUUACAAAUGAGUAACGGAAAACUUGAACCUACUCAUUUUACUCUCUUUUUAUGUGCAUGACUUUACUAGUCCUCAGCCUUUAAACUUUAAGUAGUGUUAUUUGUUAUAAUGCUGAUAGGCAACUGGAGAAGUAAAGGGCUCUGCAGUAGUUAAGAGAACCGUGAAAAUAUGAGAUUUCCUAAUAUAUUCUGUCAUAAAUCACUACUUUGAGCAUAAAAAGGAAGUUCAGUGUCUAUUUCUUGACAUCUGUCAAGGCUUAUAAAAAUGGCCUUCAAACUUUCUUUUCAACUGUUAAAGAAGCUGGUGGUGUAUUUGAAUUUUGUGGUAAGCAAUGUUGGUAGUUUCAAUAGUUCCAUUUUAUUAAAACAUGUAAAAAGCCUUAAUUAUAACUUUCAGUGCCAGACAGCCUUUCCUCAGGUGUCAUUCUGAAUAAAAAAAAAUCCACUUGAGAUAACCAAUGACCAGAACAUCAUUCUCCAUCUUGUUUGUGUGAACUGUAGCAUUGCAUUCCUGCCUGGUACAGCUGGAGUAGGGGUUGUCUGUGUAUAUUGCAAGGGGACUUAAUCACGCUUUCAUAAAUAAAAAUCCUUUCACAUGA